AAUCUUACAGUCUUUUUAAUAAAAGCUCAUAAUAUUUUUUUCCCAAUUGAUAAAAACAAGUGGGGACCCACAAAAUCAACCUAAAAAGAUGAAAGUAGCGAAUCUAUCGCUUAUGUGGGGUCUCUCCAAGGAAAAUCGCAUGAAACUUUUUAAUUGUAUCGUCUCUCACAAAUCGUAGAGGAGCGUCUCUAACUACAACAACAAACACAUUUACAUUUUUCCAAUCCCCCCAAAAUUUUCUGAAUUCUCACGCAACCAAAACAAUUCUCUUCUUUGUUCAUCGAUCCAAAUCAAGAAAAUUUCAAGAAAAUGGGGGUGGCUCAAGCCAUGGAAGCCCUAACCGAGCGAGCAGGCUUGAUGAAGGAGUCUCUACAUAAGAGCCAAACCAUCACCGAUAACAUGGUCGGAAUCCUAGGUUCUUUCGAUCAUCGUCUCUCGGCUCUUGAAACCGCCAUGCGUCCCACACAGAUAAGAACACAUUCUAUAAGGAGAGCUCAUGAGAAUAUUGACAAGGCAUUGAAAGCAGCUGAGGUUAUAUUGGAUCAAUUUGAUAUCUCUAGAAAGGCUGAAGCUAAAAUAUUGAGAGGACCACAUGAGGAUCUUGAAAGCUAUCUGGAAGCAAUUGAUCAACUUAGAGGCACUAUCAAAUUCUUCAGCAACAACAAGAUGUUUAAAAGUGCUAGUGGAGUUAUUAGUCAUGCUCACGGUUUACUCUCUAAGGCUCUAUCAAAGCUAGAAGAUGAGUUCAGACAGAUACUGCAAAACUACAGGUUCGUCUUUCGGUUAUACAGAUUUACUCAAGAGCUAGUGCAAGGAUUUGGUCUAACACUUGAUUUUUUCUUUCAAUAUUUUAGUAAGCCAAUGGAACCUGAUCGCCUUUUCGAAUGUCUUCCAAGUAAUCUUCGACCGUCAUCAGAAGGCGAAGGUGGUGGUGGAAAGAGUCAUGAUCCGCACCACAAGAGCUUAGAAAACGCUAUUUUUACUGUCCCAACUGUCAUUCCUCCAAGGGUUCUGCCUCUGCUUCAUGACUUGGCCCAACAGAUGGUUCAAGCUGGUCAUCAGCAACAACUUUUCAAAUCUUACAGGGAUACUCGAGCUGCGGUGUUGGAACAGAGUUUGCGGAAAUUAGGUGUGGAGAGGCUUAGCAAAGAUGAUGUUCAGAGAAUGCAAUGGGAGGUCUUAGAGGCCAAGAUUGGGAACUGGAUACAUUACAUGAGAAUAUCCGUGAAACUGUUAUUUGCUGCGGAAAAGAAAAUCUGCGACCAAAUACUCGAUGGUGUUGAGUCUCUCAGAGAUCAAUGUUUUGGUGAAGUCACUGUAAAUAGUGUAGCUGUGCUGCUUAGUUUUGGGGAGGCUAUCGCUAAAAGCAAGAGAUCACCGGAAAAACUGUUUGUUCUGUUAGAUAUGUAUGAAAUAAUGAGAGAGCUUCAACCCGAGAUAGAGUUGCUCUUUGGAAGCAAACCUUGUGCCGAGAUGAAAGAAUCAGCGCUGAAUCUGACAAAGCGAUUAGCUCAGACAGCUCAAGAAACUUUUGCUGAUUUUGAAGAGGCAGUUGAAAAGGAUGCUACAAAAACCGCGGUUAUGGAUGGAACCGUACAUCCGCUUACUAGCUACGUUAUAAAUUACGUCAAGUUCUUGUUUGAUUACCAAUCGACGUUGAGGCUACUUUUUCAAGAAUUUGACAGUAAAGAUCCUGAUAGCGAGCUGGGAGCGGUAACAACGAGGAUCAUGCACGCAUUACAGAACAAUCUGGAUGGAAAAUCGAAGCAGUACAAAGAUGCAGCAUUAACUCAACUAUUCCUAAUGAACAAUGUUCACUACAUAGUGAGAUCUGUCAGGAGGUCAGAAGCAAAGGAUUUAUUAGGUGAUGAUUGGGUUCAAAUACAUCGAAGAAUAGUACAACAACACGCUAAUCAAUACAAGAGAGUUUCUUGGGCAAAGAUUUUGCAGUGUCUCACGGUUCAGUCGAGUGGGAGCGGUCCGAUAGAAAACUCAAAUAUAUCAAGAGCAUCAGUAAAAGACAGAUUCAAGACUUUCAAUUCUCAGUUUGAAGAGCUUCACCAAAGACAAUGCCAAUGGACAGUUCCGGACAGCGAGUUGCGUGAAUCUCUCAGGCUUGCUGUUGCGGAAGUUCUCUUACCUGCCUUCAGAUCGUUUCUUAAACGUUUCGGGCCGAUGAUAGAGAGUGGUAAGAACCCACAGAAGUAUAUAAGGUUCAGUCCUGAAGAUCUUGAGAGAAUGCUUAACGAGUUCUUUGAAGGCAAGACUUGGAGUGAGCCAAAGAGAUAAAUAUGUAUGAAUCUUUGUUUCCAUUUUGUUGUACAUUCUCUUCUGUUUGUUUUUGCAACAUUACUUUUUUAAUGGGAAAAAUGUCGUUUAUUA